AUUUCUUUGUUUCAGAAUCUGAGGUCCAAAUAAAAGUAGCGAAACCAUCUAGCUGCAACAACUGGGUGCACCGAAGUGUACGAUAAUUUCCUACCUUCUCGUCUGGAAUAACGCCGCACCGUCAGCUACAGAAACGGGCGAGGGUGGAAGAACCGAAGAUGACAUCAGAAUUCUCUUCGUCGAACGCACUAGAAACAUAACCGUUUUAAAUUAACUCGUGACAGUGUGAGAGUGAACUUAAAAUGGGACCUUUCAUGCUACAACUCCUCUAUUAUUCAUUUAUGCACGGAAUUUGUUCAGUAUCAAGCAGCAUAGGCAGUCCCGCGCAAGGACUAAAGUGGGUGCGUGUGUCGGUGCCACAAUAUCGCGCGCCUGGCGAAACCGCUACAUUACGGUGCGACUACGACCUCGGUAAUGACACAUUAUAUGCAGUCAAGUGGUACAAGGAUCAUGAGGAGUUCUACAGGUACGUGCCAAAGGCGAGGCCGCAGAAGAACUGGUACAAGGUGGAAGGAGUGCACGUCGAUCUGCUGUGUCUGGUUGGUGUUAGCUAAUGACGUAGACAUGGAGAGUGUACAAAACAUAUCGGUCACGUAACUACCGGUUCAGGAGU